UGCAAACAGUAGUUGGUGUCCAACGCCAACAGCAACAACAAACAUCACCCAAAGAAACUUCGUGUUUUCUCUCUCUAACGAUUCUUAAACCAAACCCUACCCUUUUGAGUCUUGGAAAUCACCAUCAGAAUGGGUUCCGAAGGAUCAAGCGUCGUCGUUCCCAGGAAUUUCAGGUUAUUGGAAGAGCUUGAGAGAGGUGAGAAGGGAAUUGGAGAUGGAACUGUUAGCUAUGGAAUGGAUGAUGUUGACGAUAUAUACAUGCAGUCUUGGACUGGGACUAUCAUCGGUCCCCCUGGUACUGUUCAUGAAGGACGUAUCUACCAGUUGAAAUUGCUUUGUGGCAAGGAUUAUCCAGACAAUCCUCCAUCUGUUAGAUUUCAAACAAGGAUUAACAUGACUUGUGUCAAUCAAGAAACUGGAGUGGUUGAGCCACAUUUGUUUCCAAUGCUUGUUAAUUGGCAACGAGAGUGCACAAUGGAAGACAUUUUGAUGCAAUUGAAGAAAGAGAUGACGUCUCCACAAAAUCGGAAGCUAACUCAGUCUCCUGAAGGAAGCGAAGAAGCCAGGAUUGAUCAAAAGGGGCUGGUGGUCAAAUGUUGUAUUGUGUAAUUCAGGUGAGAAUCCAAGAAUAAAAUGUAAAUAACUAUUUUCUAUAGAUCAUCCAAGUUCAUGGGUGUAAGCAUUUAUAAUGUAAUUAUGAACUACUUCGUAUGUUACCUGGAGCAAUCGAAGUUAUAGUGACUAUCUUGUCUCUAAAUUUUUAUUGCAAUUUGUACUGGGGCUGCUUUUCCAGCGGACUCUAUUUUUUCUGUUUGAGACCCUUUUUUUUCUUUGUUUUUGUGUGAACCAAUGUAUUGUUUCUCCUUUGAUACUUAAUCUCAAUGGUGCA